GGUGAUCGCCACCGCUUCCGGGGCGGGGCGGGGCGAGGCGAGGCGAGGCGAGGUGAGCUGCUGGAGUGGUGGUGCUUCAGCUCGCUCCCGGCCUGUGUCUCCGCGCUCCCUGGUGCAAUGAGCUUCCUCAAAAGUUUCCCGCCGCCCGGCUCGGCUGAGGGGCUCCGGCAGCAGCAGCCAGAGACCGAGGCUGUGCUGAACGGCAAGGGCCUCGGCACCGGCACCCUUUACAUCGCUGAGAGCCGCCUGUCUUGGUUAGAUGGCUCUGGAUUAGGAUUCUCACUGGAAUACCCCACUAUUAGCUUGCAUGCGGUGUCCAGGGACCUAAAUGCCUAUCCACGAGAGCAUUUGUAUGUUAUGGUGAAUGCCAAAUUUGGAGAGGAAUCAAAAGAAUCUGUUGCUGAGGAAGAAGAAGAAGACGACAGUGAUGAUGAUGUUGAACCUAUUGCUGAAUUUAGAUUUGUGCCUAAUGAUAAGUCAGCAUUGGAGGCAAUGUUCACUGCAAUGUGUGAAUGCCAGGCUUUGCAUCCAGAUCCUGAGGAUGAAGAUUCAGAUGAUUACGAUGGAGAAGAAUAUGAUGUGGAAGCACAUGAACAAGGGCAGGGAGACAUCCCUACAUUUUACACCUAUGAAGAAGGAUUGUCCCAUUUAACAGCAGAAGGCCAAGCCACAUUGGAGAGAUUAGAAGGAAUGCUUUCUCAGUCUGUGAGCAGCCAAUACAACAUGGCUGGAGUUCGGACAGAAGAUUCAAUAAGAGAUUAUGAAGAUGGGAUGGAGGUAGAUACUACACCAACAGUUGCUGGACAGUUUGAGGAUGCAGAUGUUGAUCACUGAAAAUGAUUUAUGCUGCUGUGGGAUUCUGCUCAUAACUGUAGGAAAGAACUUGGUGCCUCUUCUACUGUGGAGUGGGUGUUGAUGAAAGUCUUUUUCUUCUCCAAAACUUACCUGAACCAGUUCUUUUUUGAGACAGACUAUACUGAGACAAAAAGUUGUCACCAGCAGAAGAGACUAUGACCUUUAUUAACAAAGGUGAAUUAACUUAACCAAGAGGGUACUUGUAGUUUAUCAUCUAUGUUAAAACUUUCUUUGUGCAAGUACCCUCUGAAUAGGCCUAUAGUUCCUGCCUUCAUUAUAUGCGUCUCUGUCACCUGGGAGGCCUACGAAGGUGGACUGGAUGGGAAGGAGGGAGGCUGAGACUAAGACACAUCCUUUUAGAGCCUAAGGAUCCCCUUACCCUUUAAAAACAAAGACAAAGGGAUCUCACAUCCUGGCCUCUGCUUGUUCUCCCCCAGGGUAAGGGUCUUUUGACUAAUUUGGGGCCUAGAUCAGUUCAUUCAGGCAUCUUUAGGGAGCCUCUUGGGAAACAUUCUAGCCACAUCUACUGCCACUAACAAAUGCUUCUGACUAGCUUUUACUCCUUUCACCAUGUUUCACCAGUCUCUUUUGUUAUAACCUCUUAGGUUAUAUCCUCUAGUUUGUAACCUCUUAGGUCGGUUUCCCUAACCAAAUGAAAUUGGGAUGAAGUCCUCAGAGUACUUCAGAGGAUAAUUGUUUUGUCUUUAACAAAUAAACAAACAAAUAAAUCUAGGUUUUCUAUA